AUGGUGCAAUCCUUUGCGAGAGAAGACCAGAGGAGCGUCAUUCCUGCCGCAAUUGAAUUUUCUGAUCGUUCAGCAGCGGUCGUCUCUCGGAUUGCGGUCGGUGAGAACUCCACUCGCCGAAAAAAGAACAGCAGGUUCGCCGGGAGAAGAGCAGGGGACCGUCGGGUUGCUGCUACGGCGGUCUCACGGCGUACGGUGGUCAGCAGUCGUGAACCUGAACAGAGGAGGCAGCGGUCGGCGGGCGGCGGCGGCGGUUGUCAUAGGGAACAGGACGGUCGCGCGCGGUGGUCGGGUGCGGUGGUUGAGUGA